UGUUCUCGUGUUGUAAAGAAAGAAGAGAUUGAUCCUAUCAAGUGGUCCAGCUUUACUGGUGUACUAGGGACUGAAGUCCUGGGUAUUUGGCCUAAGUACAGUCAAGUGAAUGAUGUCAAUGCUACUGAUGUUUCCUUUGAUCACAAUGUCAUUGUUACUGGAGACGAUUUUGGCCUUGUUAAGCUAUUCCGCUACCCAACAGUCAAGAAAGGUGCCAAGUAUAAGAAGUACACGGGUCAUUCUGCUCACGUCACCAAUGUGAGGUUCCUCUCUGACAAGAGACAGAUCAUUUCAACCGGAGGAGGUGAUCACGGAGUGUUCCAAUGGAGGUUCCUACCCAACGGAGAGGAGGGGGAGGAGGAGGAGGAAGAGGAUGAGACUGGAGAUCCUUUACUGACUGGAGCCUAUACUGAUACUGAUAGUGAAGCUAGCGACAGCGACUUGUCUGAUGUCGGAUCGAUGGACUCUGACAUUGAGAGGGAGCAAGAAAAGAGCUAUGACAGAGUUGUGUAUCGAGAGGAUCUCGUCAAACUAAAGGAGAAGAUGCAAGAGAAGGAAAAAGAGGAGGAGUCUUCAAGGCCAGCUGGUCCAAAGCGGAGAGGAGUGAAGAGCGGCUCCGCUCAGGGAAAGAAAGAUGAACCACCUCAGUCAUCUUUAACACUGGAAUUUGUACACGGUUACCGAGGUUAUGAUUGUCGUGGCAACCUCUACUACACAAAGAGUGGUGACAUUGUCUAUCAUGUAGCAGCUCUUGGUAUCGUCUACAACAAGGACACUCACAAACAAAAAUACUACUCAUCUCACAACGAUGACAUCCUCUGCCUCGCCCUUCAUCCAACGUCUGAUUAUGUAGCAACUGGUCAGAUUGGAAGAGAUCCUAGUAUUCAUAUAUGGGAUUCUGACAGCAUGGAGUGCUUGUCUGUACUGCAGGGAGAACACUAUAGGGGAGUCUGUGCUGUUGACUUCUCAGGUGAUGGCAAGAGGUUAGCUUCAAUUGGUUUGGAUGAUGACCACAGCAUUGUUGUAUGGAACUGGAAGAAAGGAGAGAAGCUAGCAACGGCCAGAGCCCACAAGGACAAGCUCUUCAUGAUAAAAUGGAACCCACUGAACGAGAACCAACUCCUGACAGUCGGUAUGAAACACAUUAAGUUCUGGAAUCAAGUUGGUGGUGGUUUUACUUCAAAGCGUGGCGUAUUUGGUAAGCAUGGCAAACCCAUCACAAUGCUUUGUGGAGUGUAUGGGAAUAAGGAGGAACAGUGCUUUACGGGUGGAGCUGAUGGAAAGGUUUAUGAGUGGAAUAAGACAGCCUGCAUCCAUGCACUUGAGGCACACACUGGCCCUGUCUUUAUAAUAGAACCUGCUGAGAAGGGUUAUCUGACUGGUGGUAAAGAUGGUCAUGUUAAGCUCUGGGAUGAUUCGUUCCGAUCAGUAUUAAAGUCAUACCAGCUUGAACAGGGCAAGGUUGUCUCCCCCUCUUCACUGACGGUUGACUCUCCUCCUGUCAGAGCUAUAUCCCUAGGAGCUGACUCAAUCCUUGUUGGAACUAAGAACUCUGAAAUACUUGAUCUCCACAAGAAUGGUGAGAUUAGGAUACUUAUACAAGGUCACAUGGAAGGAGAGUUGUGGGGAUUAGCUGUCCAUCCGGUUAAACCUGUUAUAUGUACGGGUAGUGACGAUGGUACUGUGAGGCUAUGGGAUACCGAUAAACACUCCAUGAUUGAUGUUGUUACAAACGUUGGUAAAGCAGUGAGGUGUGUCGCCUUCUCUCAUGACGGAGGAGCACUGGCUAUUGGCAUGAAAGAUGGUAGUUUUAUUGUGAUUAAUACUGAUUCUAAGGAGAAACUUGCUUCAUUCAAUCACAGGAAAGAAGAACUCUCUGAUAUCAAAUUCUCACCAAACGGGAAAUAUCUUGCAGUUGGCUCUCAUGAUAAUUUCGUUGACAUAUACAGUCUUGUUGGUCAGAAGAGGGUCGGAAUUUGCAAAGGAAUGUCAAGCUAUGUGACACAUAUCGACUGGGAUCAGCUAGGUAAACUGAUACAGCUCAAUACUGGUGAUAGAGAAGUCCUUUAUUUCGAGGCCCCGAGAGGCAAGCAACAGUUCAUCACUAAAGAAGACGCAACUGAGAUAACGUGGGACACCUGGACCUGUGUCCUUGGUGAGUCCUGCACCGGUAUAUGGCCACCAUAUACCGAUGUCACCGACGUUAAUGCGUCCUGUGUGUCGCGUGACGGCCGAGUGAUUGCAACCGGUGAUGACUUUGGAUACGUUAAACUAUUCAAGUAUCCAUCCUUUGGUAAGCAUGCUAAGAGCAAGCAGUAUGUGGGUCACUCUGCCCACGUCACUAAUGUACGCUUCAGCUCUGACAAUAAUAAACUGAUAUCCACUGGUGGAGGUGAUACUAGCAUACUUGUGUGGUCCCAUGAUGGAGCUCCUUCUCUCUCUGCCCUUGAGGAAGGAGAGAACACUGACAGUGAAGAUGAGGAAGAAGGUGGGUUUGAUAGUGACGUUGAGAGAGAGAGGACCAUCGAUUAUGUGAGUAAGACUUAUGUUAAUCCGAUACGUGAGGCUACUCUGGGUGGAGCUAAACCACAACCUGUCGAUUCAUCUCUGAAGGCGCCUCGUAAAGGUGCCAGUCGGAAUGUGACCGUAACACCAAAAGUGACCACUAGACCAGAAGAAGAGACUGUUGAUGUUAAAGAUUUGUCCCUAGACUUUAUAUUUGGGUAUCGUGGUUUCGACACUCGUCAGAACCUGUUCUACACCUCACCAAACCAGUUUAUAUAUCAUGCUGCUGGUGCCGGGAUCAUAUACAACGAGGACACACAGACUCAGAGUUUCUAUUUAGAGCACAAUGACGACAUCGUGUGUCUUGCCCUGAACCCCAGCCCCAAGGCUCCUAAUGUUGUUGCUACCGGUCAAAUUGGAAAGAACGGUCCAGUACACGUUUGGGAUAUUGAGAAGAGACAGCCGCUCUCAAUACUCCAGGGGGCCCACUCUGUGGGGGUCUGUAGCGUUGAUUUCAGUCACAAUGGGAAACUGUUGCUGGCAGUGGGUCUUGAUUCUAAGCACUCUAUUACCGUGUGGAGGUGGGCUGAAGGUACUAAGAUGGCUCAGGCUACUGGUAGCGUCAAUAGGAUAUUCCUUGCUCAGUUCAGACCUGAUUCAACUAACAAGUUUGUGUCCGUUGGUGUCCAGCACGUUCGGUUCUGGAGUCUUGCCGGCUCUAAGCUCCUGAGUAAGAGAGGGACCAUCAACGUCAGCAGCAAAACCGACUAUAGAAUGCAGACCAUGCUGUCAAUUGCAUUUGCUCCUAAUGAUGUCACAUUUACCGGUUCCAUCAGUGGUGACGUGUUCAUGUGGAAAGGUCACAUACUGUCUAAGGUCAUAGAGAGGGCCCACACUGGGCCUGUCUUUGCUAUGUACAGCUCACUUAAAGAGAACAAGAUCAUUUCCGGAGGCAAAGAAAGAAGUACUGAUGCUGUUGUUAAAGUAUGGGACAUUGGAAUGAAGGAGGCUCAGGAGUAUAAACUCACCCAGUGUCCUAAAUCAACCGUUCGAUCCAUCUCUCAAGGAAAUAAUGGUAAGAUAUUAGUUGGUACCCAAAGCAGUGAUAUACUGGAGAUAGACACUAAUACCUCUGAAUCUAAGGUAUUGCUUCACGGUCACUCUGAGGGUGAGCUGUGGGGUCUGGCCGUCUCACAGCAGUCACAUGACUUUGCUACUGCGUCAUGUGAUAAGACAGUCUGUACCUGGUCUCUUGAUACUAAGACAUGUCUUAAUGUCCGUCAGUUAGAUCAAGAAGCGGCUUCCACUGACAUAUCACCUGAUAGUGAGCUCCUUGCUGUUGGGCUCCACAACGGAGAAUUCUUGAUACUCAAAUUUGCCGAUUUGAGCCAAUUGGUAGCUCAAAAGAGAGACAGGAGCAAAGCCCUACAAGUAGUCAAGUUCAGUCCUGAUGGUGUUUUGCUUGCAGUGGGUUCUGAUGAUGCUUGUGUUGAUAUUUAUGAUAUCAGUUCCCUUGGGGAUAAGGGUCCGGUACGCACUAGCUAUUGCCGGGGUAUACCUAGCAGUGUGACUCACAUUGACUGGUCUAACGACUCCAAAUACCUACAAACUUGUUGUGGCUACGACAAAAAGUUAAUUUUUGAGGCUCAAACAGGCAAACUGGUUACUAACCCUGAAGGAAUAACUUGGGCUACCUGGACCUGCAUACUUGGCGAAGAAGUUCAAGGUAUUUGGCCUAAAAAUGCUGACAAGGCAGACGUCAAUACGGCACAUGUGAAUCCAUCUGGUACUGCCGUUGCUACCGGAGACGAUUAUGGGUGUGUCAAAUUGUUCCCCAAAUUCCCAGUCUCUGAGCCAUAUGCUAGUCAUAAAAAAUUCUUUGGUCAUUCUGCUCAUGUAACUAACGUCAAGUUUACAUUUGAUGACAAGUAUUUGCUGUCUGCUGGUGGCGAUGAUUCAUGUGUCUUUGUCUGGUCCUGCAAAGAAGAUUGAAGCUCUCCUUGUGUUGCAAUAACUUUUGAUAGCAAAAACUUUUAGCAUGAUAGCGGUAUAGUCAGACUGUAGUGGAUUUUUUCUUAUUUUAAAUCAUAAUUGAUCAUUA